GCGGCCGCGGGGGAGGGCGCCGGGGGCCGGGGUGGGCUCGGCUCUUGGGCAGCGGCCGCGGGGAGAGGAGGCUGCCGUCGCCUCAACAGCUGUGGUGGGAGUCGUUCGGAGACGACCAGCUGCCAGUCUAAGUGCAUAUCAGCCAUCAAUAAUAAAGUACUACAUAUUGAGACAUACAAAGAUUUUCCUACAAAGAACAAGACUAAUUGACAUUAACAGCAAAUUAAACUAAAAGAAGAGGAUCCAAGGGAUAUAGACAACCAUAGUCUAAAACCCAGUAACAAGAAAGAAGAAGUGAUUGAGGAUUUCCCAGAAGUGAUUGCAGGGAUAGGGACAGUCUCUGAGGGCUCCCUACUCUGACAACAGCCUUCUCUUCCAACAAUGUCCAAAAACAAGACACAAAAUGAAGCCAGAAUCAGCCACAGUGAAUUGUCAUCUCAGUAAUGAAGACUGAAUAUAUAAUCUACAGUAUAUUGAGCCAGAGGUUUUAUUAUUGAUUGUUUAGAAGCAAUGACUUAAUAUCUCAAACUAGCAAAAAACUUCCAUAUCAAGGACAGUUAACAUCUGCAAAACUAUAAAAUAUGGCUCUAUUAAAUCACCUUAAAGGAGAUUACAGAAAAGAACAAGAACGCCUUGAUACGUUUAUAAAUUGGCCUCUGCCAUGGCUCUCCCCUGAAGAGUUAGCAGCAGAUGGUUUUUACUAUCUUGGAAGAAAUGACCAAUGUGUAUGCGUGUUUUGUCGAGGAAUUCUCAUGAAAUGGGAGGAGGGUGAUUCUCCGAGGGGGGAGCACACACGUUUCUAUCCCAAUUGUCCAUUCAUUAAUAACAAACCAGUUGGGAACAUACCUUUGGUCAGUGAUGGUAAGCUCAUGAAUUAUGCCUCAUGUAACAAUCCUCCAAAAGCAAGUAAUUCUAUUUCAGAGCCAGAUCAUAAAGGAAACAAUGCAAAUAAUUCAGGAGACAAUGAAAUAGGCUUGAUCCCUAAAGUCAUUAAGGACCCUGAUAAUACGCUUGACAUGAGGAAUGAAAAAUAUCGCCUGAAAUCAUUUGAAAAGUGGCCAUUGGAUUGGUUAUCCCCCGCUUCCUUAGCAGCUGAUGGCUUUUUUUAUCUUGGAAUAAAUGAUUACUGUAAAUGUGUUUUUUGUAAGCAGAUAAUAGGGAAAUGGGAGACAGGUGAUACACCAAAAGGAGAGCAUAAAAAAUAUAAUUCACGUUGUGCAUUUAUCUUGGGAAAACCAGUUGGUAAUAUUCCACUGUAGAAAUUGCAAUAACAAAUUCCAUUUCUUUGUAAUCUGAUGUUGUGUAACCAUCUUAACUACAAUGUAAAAACAUUUGCAGUCUCUAAUGAAGAAAAUAUAUGUUACAUGUUUCAUUACUUAGGUCAGUGGCUCUCAGCACCUUUCAUAGCAAAUGAAUAAAUCUUUAUUUACAACUAAGUCCAGCCUCUCCUGCAGUAGUGUACACAUAAGGCAUGAGUUUACUUGUGCAAAUAAAUAGAUUGGAGCUGUAA